AUGAAGAAUCGACUGAGGAGUCUUGAAUCUAAUGGGCUAAAGAUUAAAGACAACGAUAGCCUGUCUAUGGUCAUGUUGCCUAUUCUAGAAAGCAAACUACCUGGCGAACUGCGCGAAAAGUGGGAGCUCAAGGUUGAGGAAGAAAAAUGUAAUAUCAAUAUUGACUCGUUUUUCGAUUUCUUAGAAGGACAUGUGAUUAGCAAGGAAACACGUAACGUAGCAGAAGGCACUCGGGUAUCUGGUAGAUUUUCCAAGGGAAAAAUAGGAAAGAAAGAAGAACGACUGGUUUCAGCUUCUGCUUUGCUGAAUCGCACCGAAAGUAAACCGAUUUGUGGAUUUUGUUCCAAGCCACAUGAUACAGAAAAAUGUAAAGUCGCCCUGGACAGAUCGCCGGAAGAAAGAUGGAGUAUGUUGAAAAGCAACCCCACAAUACCGACCUGCUACAACUGCCUCAAACCUGGAAAUGUGUCUCACAAUUCCAGAACGUGCAAAAGACCUAAAUGCUCCGUGGAUGGAUGUGGUAAACGCCAUCAUAACCUACUUCACGAAGACAAGGAAACAACUGAUAAGAAGAAAGACGAGGAGGUUGAAACUAUAACCGGGUUUGUAUCUCUCAAAACUGGCCAACAAAGUUUGCUUCCUACCGCCUUGGCUCGUCUUAUUCAUGAAGGAAACGAAUUGGUCGUGCGUAUCUUGUUUGAUAGUGGAUCGGAGGAAACAUUCGUACGUUCAUCUGUUGUUGAUUCUCUUGGUCUAAAGAGAAAUAAUGGUACAACCUCUAUGAAAAUUAAUAUGUUAGGCGGAGAGAGUCAGGAAAAGAAAGUCCAUCGAGUAUCGUUCAAACUUGCACCACUACAUACGACUGGAGAGACAGAGUCAACUUAUGUUGAAGCAUGGACGGUGAAAAAUGUUUGUGUCCCGCUAAGCGAAGUGAAGUUUGACCUAAAACAGUGUCCUCAUUUAACAAAUCUGAACCUUGCAGAGAAAUUUCCACGCCUACAGGCUACAGUAGACGUACUAAUAGGAAUCGAUCAGUAUCAUAAGUUAGUUGGUGAUACAACAAAACGGGGUACACUGGGUACACCUAUUGCGACAAGUUCUGUGUUUGGUUGGAUAGUAGGUGGACCUGUGCCUGGGUCUAAAAGAAAGAAUAAUAAAACAACCAGCAUGCUAAGCGUGACCCAAGUUGACAGUGUGGACGAGGUGUUAAAACGUUUUUGGAGUCUUGAUGCACUUGGAAUUGUUGAUGAGAUAAAAGAUUCCCUAGUCACUAGUGAAGAGAAGUAUGCCAUGGAUCAGUUUGAAUCAAAUCUUCAAUAUGAUGGUAAAAGGUAUACAGUUGGUCUUCCCUGGAUGAGAAAUCCACCACCUCUUGUUAACAACUAUCAUCAAGCAUUCCAACGACUUAUUUCUGUUGAAAAAAGUUUGAAGCGAAAUCCAAAGAAAGCCGAAUCUUAUCGAAAUGCGAUGAAUCAGUAUUUAACAGAUGGACAUGCAAGAGAAACGGACCAAGAAGACGAGAAAAAUGAAAAGGCUCGAUAUCUGCCUCACCAUGCUGUGUUCCGAGAAGAUAAAGCAAGUACUAAAUGUCGCAUUGUCUUUGACGCAAGCAGUAAAACGUCCGACGGCGUUUCUCUGAACUCGUGUCUCCUGAAAGGUCCUAAGUUACAACCGGAUCUUGUGCAUGUGUUGAUACGAUUUCGAAGUCAUCGAAUUGCUAUGAUGGCUGACAUAAAGAAGAUGUUUCUUCAAAUUUGCUUAUUGAAGAAGGAACAAAAUAGUCAUCGUUUCCUGUGGCGUGAUUUAACGAUGGAUGACCCUCCAAAAGAGUAUUGCAUGACUCGAGUAACCUUUGGAAACACAUCUUCUCCCUUUGUGUCCAUCGCUACUGUGCAAAAACAUGCAAAGGAUAACCACGAUACCUUCCCAACAGCAAGUGAAGAAAUUCAAGAUAAUAUGUAUGUAGAUGACUUGCUUUCUGGUUCAGAUGACGACGAAGCUGCUAUAAAACUGCAAUCGGAGUGCUCAAAAUUAAUGGAAAAAGGAGGAUUUGUACUCACUAAGUGGGCUUCAAAUUCAGCUACGGUGAUGGAGAAUAUCCCAGAGAAAGAUCGAGCUACAAGUACAGUUAUUUCGUCAAAACAGUCUGAGCAUGAUGAAAAAAUGUCAGAUCUUCUAAAAGCCCUUGGUGUUGCAUGGAAUACUAGAAAAGACAUUUUCUUGUUUGAAGCAGGAGAAAAACUUGUUUCGUUAGAAGAUUCGAUGACUAAAAGAAGUUUAAUGAGCUUAUACGCUAGAUUGUUUGACCCGAUGGGAUUGAUAGCACCUUUCCUGAUGAGACCUAAAGUGCUUUUUCAAGAAUUGUGGUUACGAGGCAAGCAGUGGGAUGAAAAACUCGAUGAUGACAUUGCAAAAGAGUGGACAACUUGGAAAGAGCAGUUAUGCGAACUGGAAACUUUGGAAAUUCCGCGCUGUGUUUUGCCACCAGAACGCGACAUUAAUAAAAUCGAAUUACAUGGAUUUGGUGAUGCGAGUGAAAAGGCCUAUGGAGCUGCAAUAUAUCUUUGUGCUGAAGAUAAAGUUGGUAAACGCAUUUCCAAUCUUAUCAUGGCUAAGUCCAGAGUUGCACCAACAAGGAGAAUUACGCUUCCACGACUGGAGCUACUUGCAGCUUAUCUUACAGCUAAACUGACAAGUUAUGUUAUCGAAGCUUUGAAAACGCCAGUACAAGAAGUCUAUGCUUGGUCAGAUAGUCAGAUUGUAUUAAACUGGAUUCGACAACCUUGUAGUAAAUGGAAGGUGUUCGUCGCCAAUCGUGUGCAAGAAAUACAGCAAAAGGUUGAUCCGAGCAAAUGGCACCAUUGCCCUGGAGAUCAAAAUCCUGCUGAUUUAUUGACGAGAGGAAUUUCUGCUAAUCAACUGGCGAAUAGUACAAUUUGGUGGAAUGGCCCGCCUUGGCUUUUACAAAGUGUUGACCGAUGGCCUAAAAGAGUAUCAUUUGAAAAUUUGAUAAAAGAAUGUUUAAUUGAAGCAAGAAAACAAAGUACCGUUGCAUGUCAUUUUGGAGCGAAAGCGCCGUGUUACCCUGAUAUGGCAGAUAAGUACGAAAGCUGGCAGCGCUUACUACGAAUUACGGGUUGGAUCUUGAAAUGGUCGCAUUCACAUGGUAUUAGGAAAACGGGUCAACUAUCCGCUCAAGAAAUUAAGAAUGCCGAGCUUUGUUGGCUUAAGAUCAUUCAGAAAAAUGUUUUUACCACGAGUACAACAAUUUGA